CAGAUUUCUGGAACUGAGGAACUAGUACCCCAUAAGCUUGUGUUUUUGGGACGAUAGCACGCAAAACUGCCCGGAGACUGAUGUCAAUUUGAAAGUACCCGACUACUGGCCCACGCGCUUUGUCGCAACCUGGUGUGGCGCCUCGACUUCCCCUCCGCGGCCGACAUUUCCGGCUUCCUCUCCUGGGAAGACACAUCCGCAACGCUGACACGAGCCCCAAGAUGAUCGGCAGCCGUCCGCUGAGGGAUUACUUCUCCCGCCCGAGGAGCUGUACGAUCUUGAGGCCGACCCUUUUGAGCGGGUUAAUCUCGCCCAGGACCUGGGUUACGUAUGUGCUGGUUCUUAAUAAGUUGAGACGGGAUUUGGAGCUCUGGCAGCGGAGGUGCAAGGAUCUGUGGUCGUGUCGCGAUGAGGUCUCGGUGUUACUUGUGAGGCACCAUUUGGAUGCGGACAUGGCUAUGCCGGAUCAUGGCGACUGCGAUCUUGAUCGGUUGGAGAUGGAAGGGAUCCGAUGUAAAACUUUAACGUAUUGUUCCUCUGGGGUCGCAGGCAUCUCCGGCUAAAUGAUGGCAUGAGUUCGUGCUACUCACAUACGA